AUGGAUAAUAUCACCACACUCUGCACAGCAACGUGUCAAGACUCAUUAAAGGAAUGGGGCUCGAGUGUGGAAAAGGCCUGCGCAAGUGAAACAGUUGUCCAGGGUGGUGCUAUCGUCGAGGCCAAAGCCUUGUCACUUUCAUUGACAUAUAAUGCCCAGAUCGCGUGUCUGCAAGACUCUGAAUCAAAUUGGUGCUUUUUCGAUUCCCAGUCGUGGGAUGGCAGUGACUAUAUGCGAUAUGACUCACUUAUGUGUGCUGAUGAGACCGACAUGCCUGAAAUUUGUAACGAAGAUAACUUCGACAUUGAUUCAAUUACUGCCGAUAUGAAAGCAAUGACCAAUCUUUACAAUUCGUCUAUGAACUGCUCCGCCACAUUGCCAUACACUACGUCUUCCUCCACCUUGUACAUUGGUGCACCGGCAACCGCAACCGCAACCACAACGACUACAAGUGCUGCCACAACAACCAAUACCACCGCAUCUAAUGCAGUUUGUCUAGGACAAAUCGUGCAGCCAAUAGCCAACUGGCUAACAUGCGACGACCUUUCUGACAAGUACGUAGCUACGAAUAGUGCAUCUCUCGCGGAACUUGCCUCCAACUCCACCAACAACGUCUCCGAGUCUCAGUUCUUGGCGUGGAACUCGAAUAUUCAAGGGAGUUGCGAUCGAGUAGCCAACUCCCAGCGCGUUUGCAUGGAAGCCCCUGGCGGUACAUGGACUACGCCAUCAGUCACUAUUACAGCCCCCACGGGCACUGCCCUUUACUACACGACCGCAAUCCCAGCCUAUCCAACACAGAGUGGCACCACCGAGAGCUGUGGAAAGUAUUACCAGAUAGCUUCAGGGGACAACUGUGCUACAGUGAAUCUUAGAUUUGGACUUAAUAUAACAGAGCUGCCGUCUUUGAACACCUACCUUGAUAGAACUUGUUCCAAUCUGUGGAUCGGCUAUGAUAUUUGUGUAGCACCGGUUUCUACGCCGACUGCCUCGUCUGAUGGGUCUUGUGGUGUGGGUGUCACUUGUGCUGGAAGUGAAUUUGGGAGCUGUUGCUCAUCUGCAGGAAAAUGCACGGAUGAUUGUGGCUCGCCGGGAAAUGGGACUGUAAGCACGAAUGGUCUCUGUGGGCCCGAUAAUAGCUAUAUGACUUGCCAUGGAUCCGAGUUUGGUGACUGCUGCAGUAUUUACGGUUAUUGUGGUAAUGGAACUCAAUUCUGCGGCGCAGGAAAUUGCUACGCCGGGAAAUGUGACACUGACAUUGGAGGCCCAUCCACCAGCGGGGAAUGCGGGCCCCUGUUUGCUGGAAACAAAACGUGUACAGGCACACAGUUUGGUGAUUGCUGUUCGGCUGAUGGAUACUGUGGUAGCACGAAGGAUUAUUGCAACCCCCCUAACUGCUAUUCCGGGGCUUGUUUGACAACAGGAUACAUUUCCACAAAUGGAGAAUGUGGUCCCAACUUUCCGCACAACAUGACGUGUGCUGGAUCAUUGUUUGGUGAUUGUUGUUCUGUAGCCGGGCAUUGUGGCAACUCGAGUGAUUAUUGCGCGGGGAGAAAUUGUUACAGUGGCUCUUGUGUUCCUUAG